AUGGCAUCCGAACUGCCCACCCGGUUCGACUUCCUGGUGAUUGGCGGGGGGUCGGGAGGCCUCGCUGGUGCACGGAGGGCGGCGGAGCUCGGAGCCACAGCCGCCGUAAUCGAGAGCCACCGACUCGGAGGUACCUGCGUAAAUGUUGGCUGUGUACCUAAAAAGGUUAUGUGGAACACUGCAGUUCAUGCAGAAUACCUCUCUGAUCAAGCAGACUAUGGUUUUUUGGGUGGUAAUGCACAAUUUAGUUGGCAAUAUAUAAAAAAUAAAAGAGACGAUUAUGUCAGACGUCUGAAUCAGAUUUAUCGGAAUAAUCUUGACAAGGCGAAAAUCCAGAUGAUUCAGGGCCAUGCGGUGUUCACAGAUGACCCUGAACCCACUGUGGAGGUGAAUGGGAAGAAGUACACGGCCCCACACAUCCUCAUCGCCACCGGAGGGCGCCCUAGCGUGCUCACCGAAAGUGAGGUGCCAGGUGCGAAUCUUGGCAUCACAAGCAACGGCUUCUUUGAGCUCGAGUACCUGCCCAGGCGCAGUGUUUUAGUGGGGGCUGGGUACAUCGCCGUGGAGAUGGCUGGCAUCCUCUCUACACUUGGGUCCAAAACUUCCAUCAUCAUCCGACAGGGUGGGGUAUUGCGGAAUUUUGACUCCCUGAUAAGUGCAAACUGUACUAAGGAGUUGCAGAACUCUGGUAUAGAGCUGUGGAAAAACACCCAGGUGAAAUCGGUAAGGAAGACGGAAGAUGGCCUGGAGGUAACAGUGCUCACCACAGACCCUGAGAAGAAGGAGGAGGAGAAGAUUGGGACCAUUGAGGGCGUUGACUGUCUGCUCUGGGCCAUCGGCCGUCGGCCCAACACUGAAUACCUCAACCUCAACCGCAUUGGUGUGGACCUUGAUGAGAAAGGACACAUCGUUGUAGACGAGUUUCAAAACACCACUCGCCAGGGAGUGUACGCGGUCGGAGAUGUCUGUGGAAAGGUCCUACUCACACCAGAGGAGGCCAUAAAGACCCAUGGAAAAGAGAAUGUGAAAACCUACAAAACAACCUUCACCCCCAUGUACCAUGCCAUAACCACCAGGAAGACUCAGUGCAUCAUGAAGCUUGUGUGUGUGGGCAAGGAGAAGAAGGUGGUCGGACUCCACAUGCAAGGUCUGGGCUGUGAUGAAAUGCUCCAGGGUUUUGCCGUGGCCAUCAGGAUGGGUGCCACCAAGGCCGACUUUGACAACACCGUUGCUAUCCACCCUACUUCCUCGGAGGAGCUGGUUACCAUGCGCUAG